GAGCGGAACUGAAACAAACUCGAGCUCAGACUCGCAGAAAGAGACUCGCGAUGCGGAUUCAGAUGCGCAAUGAAGCUCCGCGGCUCUGAAGUGUGUGUGUCACUGCUGGUGUGUGUGUCACUGGCUCUUGCAGAUUGGAGCCGUCCUCAGAAUCUCUCUGUUCAGAGUCUCAACACACAGUAUGUUCUGCGCUGGGACUGGGAUGACGAUCAGCAGAGCGCCAUCAACGGGACGCUCACCUUCACGGCACAGUGUCUCUCGGCGGCUAAUUCCCGUAAGGCGCCUCAAAAGCAGAUCUGGAGGACCGUGUGUGCAGAUGUUCUGGAGCGGCGCUGUGAUUUCACUGAUGCUGGACUGAGUUAUUGGGGCAUUUAUCUCCUGCGUGUGCGGGCCAACACAGCACAGCAGUUCUCCAACUGGACCAGCAUCACCUUCUGCCCAGAUAAAGAGGCUGAUCUAGGUCCUCCGUCCAGUGUGAAGCUGACCUCUGUUAAAGGAAAUCUGGAGAUCGCCAUCGCUGACCCUCUGAGGAGCACCAACGAGUCCAUGAAGACGCUGGUCCAGGACAUGCAGUACCUCAUCCAGUACUGGAAGUGGCCCAAAGGCUAUCAGAAGGCUGAAGUCUUGAAGACCCAGAAUAAUGUGGUGAUGCUGUCUGAGCUGAACCAAUGGACGUGGUACUGUGUGAGAGUUCAGAGUCGCUAUGACUUCUACAAUAAGACAAGUGUCUUUAGUGACACACACUGCACACGCACUGAAGGACUGACUCCAUACUGGCAGAUCUGUCUGUACUUCCUGUUGUCGCUGGGGCUGUGCUUCCUGCUGGCGCUGUUGAUGUGGUUUAGCUUUUACAAGGUGUUCAAGUCCUUAAAGAGCGUCUUCUACCCAAAUGUUCAUCUCCCGCCUCACAUUCAGGAGCUUUGGUUGUCGGACUCGGAGACGCCGCAUCUUCUGCCUCCUCGAUGCUCCGGCUCUGUGUGGAAUCAGCUGGACAUAAGCACUGAGACGAACACAUUCCCGGACGUGCAGAUCUCCAUCCCUGAGGAUCAGGACACCAGCGUUCCCAGCCGGCACGGCAGCGGAGACUCCGGCUUCAACUCCACAGAGGAGGACUCCAGUGUCCGGCUGCUCAGCUCCACACGACACGACACACACACUGACACACACACCGACACACACACUGACCACAGGUGCAAGACAGACACGCAGCACAGGGAAGAGAUGCAUGAUGGGACGCUGGAGAUCUGCUCUUAACACCACAAACACAUCACAGUCAAACAGACACGACUUAGUUUAGACUUGUUUUUCUCCAUUCAAAUCAUCUUAUUGUACAUGUGACCGCAGCACUGUGUAAAUGCAAAACCUUUGUGUGUUUGUCAUUUCAGCCAUAUUUUCAUUUCUGUAUUUAAAGCAUGCAGAUUCUUUAUGAUUCUUAUAGAAUCUUUAUUAAUCCAUUUGUUAGCUUUACACUCAUCUCCACCCAAUGUCAGAUUAAAAUACUCUAUCAU